AGAGAAAUGCUGAUUCAAAAUAGUAAAGUCUUCUCUUCCUAAAAAAAAUUAUCACUCUUCUCAACUUCAAAAAUCUACUCUUCUGAAAAAAGUUGAUGCAACUUCUUUUUAGACUUGUGCAGCUUAUUUUUUAACUUCCCAUUUCUCAUUCAUCCAUUAGUAGGCAUUUGAUUAUAUGAUCAAUUUUCAAGUUGUCAAACAUUAAGUCAACAGAAAUUAGCCUUCUAAUUAAAAUUGUCCUCUAAAUCCAAAAAGAAUAAAAAAGAAAAGAAAAAUAGAAAUCUUCUCCAUUAUCUCCAGACAACGAAGAACACCAGAACAAAAUUAUCCAAAAGUGGGACUAAAUGGCUAAUAAUACUUUAAUGUUCAGAUUCCCAUGAUUAGUAAACCUUUUGUUGAAAAUUCCAAAUGUUAGCCAAAAACCUAACAAAAAAGAGGACACAUAUUACACUAUCCACCAUAGAGUGGAGUAUUCAAAAUUAACAUUAUAGGAUCAGCAACAAUUAGACUCAUUUUCCAAAUUACAAAGAAAAGUAUGAAGUCUUUGUUUCUACUUGCAAUUCUUUCUUUGUUUCUUUGUAAAGCAUAUUCAGCAGAAGUGGGAUCAGAUGCUAUAGAGUCUGUGUUAAGGGGUUUGGAUAACAAACGGGUGUCAUCUGUAGUGCAAGAAUCUGCAGCUAAGGGUGUUUUGCAGAGGUUACUUCCUGCCCAUUUGCACUCCUUUGAAUUUAAGAUUAUCUCUAAGGAUCUUUGUGGUGGAAGAAGCUGCUUUCGUAUAACCAAUUACAAGAGUUCAAGCAGAAAUUCACCUGAGAUUUUGAUUCAAGGAACUACAGCUGUUGAAAUCACGUCGGGGCUUCACUGGUAUUUAAAGUAUAUGUGUGGAGCUCAUAUUUCAUGGGAAAAGACAGGGGGUGUUCAGUUAGCUUCAGUUCCCAUGCCAGGAUCACUGCCUCUUGUAGAAGCGAAGGGAGUGACGAUCCAACGGCCGGUACCGUGGAACUACUAUCAAAAUGUUGUCACAUCCAGCUAUUCAUAUGUUUGGUGGGAUUGGCAAAGAUGGGAGAAAGAGAUUGAUUGGAUGGCACUUCAAGGAAUCAACUUACCUCUAGCGUUUACGGGACAAGAAGCUCUCUGGCAAAAAGUUUUCUUGGAUUAUAAUAUUACUACCCAAGAUUUAAAUUAUUUCUUUGGUGGACCUGCCUUCCUAGCUUGGGCUCGCAUGGGAAACCUGCACGCAUGGGGUGGGCCUUUAUCUCAAAACUGGUUAAAUAUUCAGUUAGCAUUGCAGAAGCAGAUAUUAUCUCGGAUGCAAGAGUUAGGCAUGACCCCAGUGCUUCCAUCAUUCUCUGGAAAUGUUCCAGCGGCACUAAAAAAGAUAUUCCCGUCUGCAAAUAUUACGAGACUUGGAGACUGGAACACCGUUAGUGGUGACCGUCGAUGGUGUUGUACUUUUCUCCUUGCUCCUUCCGAUCCCUUAUUUAUCGAAAUUGGAGAGGCAUUUAUCCGGAAGCAGAUUGAGGAAUAUGGAGACAUCACCAAUAUUUACAACUGUGAUACUUUUAACGAGAACACUCCACCUACUGAUGAUCCAACAUAUAUUUCAUCUCUCGGAUCUGCUGUGUACAAAGCAAUGUCCAAAGCAAAUAACAAUGCAGUGUGGUUGAUGCAAGGCUGGCUAUUUUAUUCUGACUCCAAAUACUGGAAGCCACCACAGAUGGAGGCACUUUUACAUUCUGUUCCACGUGGGAAGAUGAUAGUUCUUGAUCUAUUUGCUGAUGUCAAACCAGUAUGGAAAUCAUCUUCUCAAUUCUAUGGCACUCCUUAUAUCUGGUGUAUGCUGCACAACUUUGGAGGCAACAUCGAAAUGUAUGGAGUGUUAGAUGCAGUGGCUUCUGGUCCUAUUGACGCCCGCACAAGUGAGAACUCAACAAUGGUUGGUGUUGGAAUGUGCAUGGAAGGAAUAGAACACAAUCCAGUUGUCUAUGAGCUGAUGCCCGAAAUGGCAUUUAGAGGGGCUAAUUUUCAACUUCAGGGAUGGUUGAAAUCCUAUUCUCGUAGACGUUAUGGUAAAGUGAAUGAUCAAAUUGACGCUGCUUGGGAGAUCCUUUAUCACACAAUCUACAACUGCACUGAUGGAAUAGCUUUUCACAACACAGACUACAUUGUGAAAUUCCCUGACUGGGACCCCUCAGGGAAGACGGGAACUGAUAUCUCGGGGACUGAUAUUUCCAGUCAGAAUGGGAUGCAAAAACUUGCAGGGUUCCAGUGGAACAGACGGUUCCUUUUCUCUGAAAAAGGCUCCAGCCUCCCAAAGCCUCACCUAUGGUAUUCUACAGAGGAUGUCAUCAAGGCAUUAAAGCUAUUCCUUGCUGCAGGAAAAGAACUUUCUGGAAGCCUCACGUAUAGAUACGAUUUGGUGGAUUUAACCAGACAAUCACUUUCCAAGCUUGCAAACCAGGUUUACUUGGAUGCAAUAUCUGCUUUCCGCCAUGAGGAUGCUAAAGCAUUGAGUCUGCAUAGUCAGAAAUUCCUUCAACUUAUCAAGGACAUUGACAUACUUCUAGCAACUGAUGAUAAUUUUCUACUUGGAACGUGGCUGGAGAGUGCCAAAAUCUUGGCUAUGAAUUCUGAUGAAAUGAAGCAGUAUGAGUGGAAUGCAAGGACACAAAUAACUAUGUGGUAUGACAACACAAAGUACAAUCAAAGUCACCUUCAUGAUUAUGCAAACAAGUUUUGGAGUGGCUUAUUAGGAGCAUAUUAUCUGCCACGAGCAUCGAUGUAUUUCAAGCUCCUGUCUAAAAGCUUGGAAGAAAAAGUGGACUUCAACUUGUUGGAAUGGAGAAAAGAGUGGAUUGCAUAUUCAAAUAAGUGGCAAGAAAGUACAGAACUUUACCCUGUGAAGGCUCAAGGAGUCGCCCUUGCUUUUGCUACUGCUCUAUUUGAGAAAUAUUUCAGUUGAGACAAGAUUAUUCAUUUCCACAAUCGAACAUGAACAGAAAUGGAAACUUUUCCAUGAUUGUACAAUAAUAACUCUGGUUCUAUUUC